AGAAGUCUAGAGACAAAGAGACCAGGCACUAACAUGAUUGAGAGAAGAAAAUAGGAAUGUGCAGGCCAUUUUAGGACAUCCUAAUGCUAUAUAUUUCUGGUGCCUUUUAAGUGUUUCCAGCAUUGGAGCUGGGAAAGUAUAGUGGUGAUCAAUUAAAUUCCUGUAUGUAUGUGUGUGUGUGUGUGUGUGUGUGUGUGUGUGUGUGUGUCUUCUGUCUGUCUGUCUGUCUAGAAGUCCAUUAUACUGUAUGCCAUUAAGUUUGAACAGAAUGAGACCAGGAAUUGGCAUUGGUCCGUAGAUCCCAGAUCCCACAUUACCCUCUGUUGACAACAUAUUCCUAUACAAUCUGGGGUUAUAACAACAACCUCCCAACAGGACACUAUCUGCAGUAUCAAUGGUUGUCUUGGGAAUUUGGGCUGUAGUGAAGGUGGGGAAAAACAAAGGUAGGAAGAUUUGAGGAGCCUCAAAAAGAAGGCACAUUUUCUUGCCUCCAAAUAUCUGUACUUCUCUUUCAAAAAGAGAUAGGAAAUUAACUUCCUGAUAAAUAGGAAAGUGGAACUCCAUAUGAAAAAGGAAGAGGAAAGUAGAAAGGUGGAAAAACAGUGGGCAGUAGUAGUCUUAUGUUGACAGAUAUUGCCUCUGUACAAGUACAGGACUUAAUAGACAGUAAGCACUCGUCCUAUGAACAGAAGAUGUAGUGGUUAAGCUGUUGCUAAAAAAUAUUCAAAGUAAAAUCAGAACAAAUGUAUUGAUGUGUUACAUGUGUAUCAGUCUAGUUUUCCUUUUUUUCCCCUCUCAAAGGGAUUUUUUGGUGCCACACCCAGUUGUGUUGAUGUUUUUCUAUAGAAAGCAGCUUAGGCUUCCCCCAGUGGGCUACACCACUGGUUGUAGAAAGUGUCAUGUCUGUAAUCUCAACUACAAGUCACUGACGACAUUAGCAUUUAGAUCUCUAAAAUACUGUGCCCAUGGGUGAUAGCCAGUGCUUCUUCAGAAAAUGGUCUAAAUGUUAAUCUAAAGGGUAUGUGUUGAUGCUCCAGUUUGAAGACCAGGAAAAAGCAUGCAGGGCUGGUGAGUGCCAGAGUAUAAACCUAAAAGUCUAGUGAAGGAGAGAUGAUGUCCCUCGAACUCCUGUCUAGACCAUCUCCUCCAGUGUGUUAUGAUGUCCCCCAGACUCUGUCUAGACCAUUUCUUCCAGUGUUAUGAUGCCCCCCAGACUCCUAUUUAGACCGUCUCCUCCAGUGUGUUAUGAUGUCCCUCAGACUCCAGUACAGAAGGUCUGCUUAAAGCCCCAAGGAUGGGCAACUCGUAUCAGGAAACCGAACCCAAAGUCUAGGGAGGGCAGGCGCGCAGUCUCACUUUCCCAUUGGCCGUUUCGACCUUCAGUCACCGCAGCGCUUGCGCACCACCUGCUUCCGGAUAGAGAACCGAGCGUUCAGUCCCUCCGUGUCCGGGUGGAAUUGCCGGCUUCCGCGGCGAGGUUCUGUUGGGACAUGGCCCCGGACUCGGGGCCUUUCCCCGACGGGCCGCUCCUGAAGCUGCUGCCCGCAGAGCCCAAAGACCGGGGCACCCAGCGCUGCCGCCUGGGUCCGGCCGCCCUCCGCAGCCUGGGCGCGCACCUGGGCUCGGCGCUGACGAUCGCGCUGCCGGGAGGCGGCUGCUGCCUGUGCACUGCCUGGCCGCGGCGGGACGGCGCGGACGGCUUCGUGCAGCUGGACGCGCAGUGCGCGAGCCCCAGGGCCGCGGCGUCGGGGGCCGCGGGGAGCCUGCGCCUGAGCAGCCUGCAACCGGUGCCUUGCCCGCCCCUGCGGCGCCUGACGGUGUGGCCGGUGCUGCGGCCGCAGGCGGGAGCCCAGAGUCCGGUCGCGGUGCUGGAGGCCGCGCAGGAGUUGCUGCGCAACCGGCCGGUCUCCCGGGGCCACGUGCUGGCCACUCCGCCCGGCUCUCCGGGCCCGGUGUCCGCGCUGCACGUGGUCGGCGGCACGCCGGACCCUCACCCGGCCGGGCUGGUCACACCGCAGACGGUCAUCGCCCUUAGCGCCGAGCCGCCGGCGCUCGCCGAGCCGCCGGUGGAGCUGCCACUGGGCGGCCUUUCGGAGGUGGCCGACGAGCUGCGGGAGCUGCUCUGCCUGCCGCUGCGCUACCCGCGCGCCCUAGCAGCGCUAGGGCUGGCGGUGCCCGGCGGGGUGCUGCUGGCGGGGCCCCCGGGAGUGGGUAAGACGCAGCUGGUGCGGGCCGUGGCUCGGGAGGCUGGCGCCGAGUUGCUGGCGGUAAGCGCCCCGGCGCUGCAGGGCGCACGGCCCGGGGAGACGGAGGAGAACGUGCGGCGGGUCUUCCAGCGCGCGCGGGAGCUGGCCCGCCGAGGGCCCAGCCUGCUCUUCCUGGACGAGGUGGACGCCUUGUGUCCCCGGAGGGGCGGCGCACAGCGAGCCCCGGAGAGCCGCGCGGUGGCACAGGUGUUGACGCUGCUGGACGGCAUCCACGGCGACCGGGAGGUUGUGGUCGUGGGAGCCACCAACCGGCCCGAUGACUUAGACCCAGCGCUGCGCAGGCCCGGGAGAUUUGACCGAGAGGUGGUCAUUGGAACUCCCACACUUAAACAAAGAGAGGCAAUUCUUCGAGUGAUUACCUCAAAGAUGCCCAUCUCCGAUCAUGUUGAUUUGGGUCUCCUUGCAGAAAUGACAGUUGGCUAUGUUGGCGCUGACCUGACAGCACUCUGUAGGGAGGCAGCCAUGUGUGCUCUUCUUCAUAGUGAGAAGAACCAAGACAGUCCGAUGAUUGAUGAAACACACUUUCUUGAAGCUUUUAAAAAGAUUCAGCCUUCAUCAUUUCGAGGUAUCAUUGGACUGACGGACAUCAAGCCUGUUGGCUGGGAGCAGAUAGGUGGACUUGAAGAUGUAAAACUGAAGUUGAAACAGUGUGUUGAGUGGCCUCUGAAGUUCCCUCAAGAAUUUGUUAGGAUGGGCCUGACACAACCAAAGGGCCUUCUCCUCUAUGGCCCCCCUGGAUGUGCCAAAACCAGCCUGGUUAGAGCCCUGGCCACAAGCUGCCAUUGCUCUUUUGUCUCAGUGAGCGGAGCUGACCUCUUUUCACCUUUUGUUGGAGAUUCAGAAAAAGCCUUGUCUCAGGUAUUUCGACAAGCAAGAGCCAAUACUCCAGCAAUUGUGUUUCUGGAUGAAAUUGAUUCCAUCCUGGGCUCUCGCUCAGUUUGCAGUGCAGGAUGUGAUGUUCAGGAGCGGGUUCUUUCUGUUCUGCUGAAUGAAUUAGAUGGUGUGGGACUUAAGACAAUAGAGAGAAGAGGAAGUAAAUCAAACCAACAGGGGUGUCAAGAAGUUUUUAAUCGAAAUGUCAUGGUUGUGGUGGCAACAAAUAGACCUGAUGCCUUAGAUGAUGCCUUGUUACGGCCUGGAAGAUUAGAUAAGAUUAUCUAUGUCCCCCCUCCAGACCAAGAGGGCAGGCUUUCUAUUUUAAAAGUCUGUACAAAAACCACGCCAAUAGGUCCUGAUGUUUCCUUAGAAAACCUAGCAGCAGAAACCUCUUUCUUCUCUGGAGCUGAUCUUAGAAACCUUUGCAAAGAAGCUGCCUUACUUGCUCUACAGGAAAAUGGACUAGAAGCAGCCACAGUGAAACAAGAGCACUUCCUACAAUCACUUAGGACUAUGAAACCAUCCUUAAGUCAGAAGUACUUGACCUUGUAUGAAAACUUAUUUAAGAAAGAAUUUUCCAAUUUGGAAGCUCCUUAAAAAUUACCCUUUAUGUAGUUCACAUGAAUUGGAAUGUGAACUUGCUGGUAGUUUGCAACUUCACACUUUUAGAGUCUGUGUAUUAAGAGAGACCGACAGAGACUUGGCUUGACAAGCUAAGGAUCAUCUUAUUUCCAGAAGGUAUAUUAAAAUACUGUAAGAAAUAUAUGUGUAUGGUUUUGUUAGGGUAAUUGUUUUUAGUUUAUUUUUUGUAACUUUGAAAUAAUUUCAUGGUCACAGAAAAGUUGCAAGAAUAGGAGGAAGAACUCUUGACAUUCUCUAACCCAGAUUCACCAAUCUUUAGUAUUUUGUCACAUUUGUUUUCUCCCCCUCCUCUACACACACAACUUCUGAACACUUUGAGAGUCUAAUAGAUGUGUGAGAAAUGUAUCAUCAGGCAGCUUUGUUAUGAGCAUCAUAGAGUAGUUUGGUUAUUCAGAGAUAGCCACAGCAUCGGGAGACGAUACCAUACUAGGGGCUUGCUGUCUUAUGCGCUUGUCGUGGACUGAAGCAUGCCAGUCUUUGUGACUAUGUGCAUCACGCUCCAGCACUGCCGCAGUAGUCAGUGUGUGUCUUACAAAUAAAGUUGUCUUAUUUUACAGUUUACUGACCAAACUCAGGAAGUUGACAUGCUAUUGUAAUAUAUCAUCCAAUGACUUUCAUUCUGUCCCAGUGACGGCCUGUAUAGUAAAUUUUUUCCACCAGAGGGCCCAGUCUAGGAUUACACAUCAAAUUGAGUUGUCCCCUGUCUUUGGCUUCUUAACUUGACAGUUCUUCACUCAGUCCUUCUGGACUGUGACAUCUUUGAAAAGUGUAGACCAGUUACUUUGUAUCACAGUCGAUCCUGGGUUUGUGUUUGUCAGAGGAUUCUUUGUUAGGUUUUGCAUCACUGAUGGAAUAUUCAUGGGUGGCUCUCUUCCUUAGUAUCCCAGCUGGAGACAGGUGCUGUCUACAUUGUUGGCGAUUCUAAUUUUGAUCACUAUUUAUUAUAUUGUAUGGUGUAUACUUUUUUUAACCUUUCAUAAUUAUAAGUAAUUUUUAAGGCAUAGAUUUGUUUGUUUGUUUUUUCCUUUACAGAAGCAAUUACAAACUGAAAAUCUUGGUAUUUAGCCUUCUAGUCCUUAAUGGACAUAUAGAUACUUGUGUUUAAACCAAAAGAUAAUGCUGCUGCAAGACUUUUAUGUAUUUUCCUCAGCAAGUAGCUGGUAAACAUCUCAUUAGACCAUUCAUGGUGGUGUCUAGGUGCUGGAAGGUACAGUGAAUGAGGCAGACAUGGCACAGACAUCACACAAAUCAGUGGAUUCAGUGAUGGUGGGAAGUACUUCACAGAAGUGUGGGGUGCCAGGACAACACGGGACCCAGAAGCUGGUGGAGGGUGCCUAGGUCUGGCUACAGAUUACUUAGGGAAAGAUUUGCACAGUUUACAGGUGUGAAAUAAAAUUCUAACCACUAACUCUGAUUUUGAGUAAAGGGAAAAUCCUUAAACACUUAUUAGGGUUUUGAUUAUUCAUGUUCCUGCCGUACUAUACCUGGUAAACCCCAGUGCAAGCCCCUUCACUUCUGUGAACCUCUUGUUUUAUCCUUGAAAACCUUGCUAGUAGUCAAGCUGGAAAUAAAUUUACCCACACUGACUCAGGCUGAAUUGAUUUGAAAAUACCUUUGAAAUGGUAAUUAUAACAAAUACUAUAAUACAUUUUAUAUUAAAAUUAUGUAAUAUAAUGAAAUAUGGCCAUUGUAUUCAUUAUCAUUCUAAUUUAGUUCUGUGUUCUCAGUAGAACUUUGGAAGCCUUUGGAGACCAUGUUUUUGCUGUCACUGAAAAUGUCCAAUAAAUGGAAAAAUAUGAUUAGCAAGUU